AUGGCAGAAAAUCUAGAUAGUGAUAGGAAGCAACAUCUCAUAUCAUUACAAGAUAUCGAUAAGAUGCGAAAUUUAUGGAAAGAAUUGAAAAUAUUAGUAGAUGAGGAUUUGAUUCGGUUCGAGACUGAUGAACCUCCAGAUUGGAAAGUACAUGCUAUCCGUAACAUCGGUAAUAUAAAAGACAGACUACAGAAAGCAAACACAUCGGUACAUGAACAUCUUCUCGAGGAAAUACAAGAUGUAGAUAUUAAUGAUUUAACCUAUGAUGACCCGUUGGCUAAUGGUAUAGUUGACCUCGAAUCUUCUCAAUACCAGUUAGUAGAUGAUGACUAUGACGUUCUUGUGGGUGAGAAAGGUGGCAUAAGAAACUUAAGAAAAGAAAUGACAAGACACAAGCACUGGGUUGAGGGUGAAAACGACAGGGCGCAAAUAGCAACAAAUAUAACAGACAUACUUCUGCAAGAAACUAAAAGGAAUAUCUGUAAAAUUUUUAAAUCUUCAGAGAAUGCUCUUGUAGACGUUGUAGAACGUCUUAUAGAGGCGUCGAUAUAUCAAAUGCCAAUUGACUUUGAUAUCGAAGUAACGAGAAACGAACGUCAAAGUGAUGCCAGCAAAAAACGAAAAAAUCGACAAGUACCCGGUUCAAGAGGCAACAUGCCCGACUUAAUGAUCAGAGCUUUUUUCAAGCAAAAGUGGAAUGAAAUCGCGUACGUCGAAAGCGGGAAAUGGUUAUCAACAGGCACAAAACCCAUCACGAUCAUAAUAAAAGAAAAAAAUAUUCAUAUUGCUAAAUUGGACGAUGAUAUCCCACCUUCUCGUUCUUUGAACUCGAAGCCAGAUUAUAAACACUGUGUGACUGCUGAUAUAUCUGAUAACACUUCAAAUUCUAAUGAAUCCAAUAAUACUUCGGUAUCUGAUAUAUCUGCUAAUGCUUCAGUACAAAUGUGCAGGCUUACGCCAAAUUCUAAUGAUACUUCUAAACAGAUAGAAAAUAAACCAUCCAAUUUAUCAUAUAAAGAUCAAAAUUUGGAAUCAUUCACAAUAUUGCAACCUAUCUCUAGUCACUCUCCUCUGAUACAAGAAUUAAGAAUAGAACCUUUAGAGGAAGACACCGUUAAAAUGGUUAAUGUAGAUAAAAAUUUUACAGAUAACCAAUCACCUGCAAUCAAAUUGGUAUAUCUAUUCGAAAGAAUUUGUUUUGUGGAAUUUAAUACUAUGCGAGCUAAACAAGAUGAAAUUGUUAGCUGGUAUUCAUAUAGAAAAUAUAAGAAAAAAACUGGACUCGAUCCUUGGAUAAACUCAGAAUCCUCACAAAUCGAAAAAACUGAUAAUUACCUUUUACAGGAUUGUGUUAUCAAAAUUUUUAAGUUUCUGGAAGAGAAAGAUGUAAUUAUUGAAACAGUACAUAAACGUUUUCCUUUUUUAUCAUAUACUAAUUCGAAUACAUGGCAUCGAGAUGUAUUUAAAUAUACUGAUUCAGAAGCUAAAUGUCCAAUAUGUAAAGAGAGCUUACCAGAAAUUCAAGUAAGUGUACUAAACAAAACUCACCUUUAUCAACCAGAGGCCAGCUUACACCAAUAUGCCAUCAAACAUGGAAUGGAUUCUAAGAAUUUUUUGGUUAUUACUGAGGUUGAGAAAAAUAGAAGGACCAUGGGAUACUUCCGUAGUAACCUGAAGAGAGAUAUACGCUAUUAUCAUGGAGGAAUAAAAAGGAAUGAAGAUACCAGAAAAUAUCAACCGGGAGUAGACCUACGCCAUAAAUUUUUAACAGAUCAGGAGAGGCUGAUUGGUGAAGAGUUAUUACGUUGCAGUAUAGUAAAGAGUGGUUUAAGUACUGCAUAG